CUUCGGAGACACGAGUGGUAACUGGUUCAGCUUUGCGUUUUCGUAGAAUGUAGUGAUUGCCACGAAAACAGGCAUCUCGGAAACCGAGAUUCUUUGUUUUGAGGAACGGAGGACAUUGACAGGAGGUCAUAACGCUCUGACUACAACCAUUCGAUUGUUCUACCUGUGAAGAUGAGUGAACAGAGAACAAAUCCUGUGCAGCAGAAGGUGAAGUGCCUUUUCAAGAUCAGGGUGGAAAAUAAGGCCUCUCAGAAGCGUCAGAACCAGCAGUUUCUUGUUGUAGCCACAGACAAUCUUUGUGAUGAAGUGGAGCAGCACAACCUCGACACUGCCGUUGUAUCGGAGAAGAUUGAUGGCACCUGCUGCUAUAUUGCCGAGUAUGAAGGUAAACCCUGGUUGUGGGCCCGAUAUGACCGAAAGCCGAAUAAAUCAGGGGACAAAAAGCUGAAGAAGUAUGUAUCGGAAAAGAAGGCCUGGAGUGAAGAUGGGGAGAUUGGAGACAAGCCAACAAUUAGCUGGGAUAUCCCGAUAGACUUCAAGGAAGUCCCCAAUCAGUGGAUUCCAGCCCUUGAAGUGUCAGUUGAAUAUGGCGUCCCUCAACCAGAUGAACAUGGUCACAUCCCAGGCUGGGUGCCGGUGGACCCUAAGGGCAGAGAACACCUGUGGCACCUGUCGUCUGUAGACUUGACCAAUGGUCUGGGGCUUGUACUGAGACAAACAGCAGAGGGCCUCUGUAUUGACAAUGUACCUCUGACAGAGCUGCUUGGGAGCACUGUGGAGCUCAUCGGAACAAACGUCAAUGGAAACCCUUACAAGCUUGGCAAUAAGAAGAAGCCAUUACAUUUUCUUGUUGUUCAUGGAAGCAUGACCUUGAGCUGUCCUCAACCUCCGACCCUUGAAAAUCUCACUCACUGGUUCAGAGAAAGUGGUGAUGGUCAAGUUGAGGGCAUUGUGUGGCACUGUGAGACCGGGGCUUUAUUUAAGCUUCAUCGCCAUCAUCUUGGCUUGCCAUGGCCUAUUGACCUCCCCCACCUCUCCCAGUUGAAGGUCAAGGUUAAUGUGGAUGGAACAGCCUACAAAUUCAGUGAAGAGAAGUCCCUGUUUUAUCUCCUAUCAAAGGAAGUGGGCAAGACUUGUGAGAAGUUGUCCGAGCUCCAUGAUCUUCUCUACCCAAACACAUCUGAUCCGGUUCAGAUGGAAGAGGAUCAGAUGGAAGAGACAUCAUCAGGCUGGUUGAACAAGGCCAAAAGUGUAGCUCCCUUCGUAGUAGGAGCUGUGGCUCUACCCGUAGCCAUACCUGUCGCUCUUUCUGCCGCGGGCUUCGGGGCUGGUGGAAUAGUGGCGGGAAGUUUGGCAGCACGAGCGAUGUCUGUUGCUGCUGUUGCUAAUGGAGGGGGUGUAGCUGCUGGAAGCUUGGUCGCUGUCUGCCAGUCGGCUGGUGCUGUAGGACUGAGUGGAACUGCUACUGCUGCAGCAAGUUCGGCAGGUGUCGCUGUUGUUGGCGCUUGGAAAGGCUUUAAAUCUUAUUUUAGAAGGAAUGAGGAAUAAGGAAUGAGAAAUUGAUUGAUUGUUAUUUAUUAAUUAUGCUGCUUAGAAACUUAUGUUUCCUGGGCUCCUUUUCAACUUGGUUUGAAUAAAGUCCUUGUUCUUUUA